AUGCGAAUUGACUCUGGCGGAUUUCAACCCGGCCCAGUUCCGAGGCAGGCCGCGUGCCGUGUCGACGACGAACGGGCCCCGUAUCUAAACCGUCCGUGCCCUAGGCUCGAACCUACCGCGUCGCUCGUCGACCUCGUCCAUCUCCCCUCUCCGGCCGAUGAUGAACGCCGCGUCCACGUCAAUCACUUCCACUCUGGUCACGUAUCUCCCGCUCUGUCCCCUUCGCUGAGUGCCGGUCUCGCCCUGCCAUCUUCGACCACAUCGAUCAGCGACCUCGCCUCGAUCCCGUCGCUGAAUUUGAGCGAUGCAACGCACGAGCAAAGUCGACGGAAUGAAACAAUUUCACCACCGCAUCCUGUCACACCGACGGUGCCACAACAAGAACAACUCAACAAGUUUAGACACGAGGAACUGCUUGCCAAGGCCUUCAUGAUGGGUCAGUCUCGGGUUCUUCAGUUUCGGGUUAUUCUCGGGCUCAUCCUUGCUUGCUUGUCAUUUACCGCCAUUUCAGACUUUCUGAACAUGCCUUUGGACUCGUCGUACUCGUCUCCCCCCUCUCUAUCGCUGAACUUACCCGCAAUUGAUGCCUCGUCGUUCGAGACAUCUCCGUCCGCGUCGACUGAUACCACAGCCGCUCUCGCUGCCCUGAUGGGCAACCUCCCAUCGAUGCACCAAGGCAUCGUCAGCUUUGAUCAACUUCUCGACUCGCCUCUAGGCCUCGAGAACAGCCCUUUUUCCGAAUUUUCGUGCUCACCAUUAUUCGACGAUUUCGCCGCCGGCGAACUACCGCCUCCCCUCGACUACUCGCUCUUUGCGCCCCUCAAAACUCUCGUCGCGCCACCGCCGACCCCUACUGCUCAGUCAGGUACGGCGUCCUUGCCUACGCCCCGCUCGUCGUCGCUCAGGCCACUCGCCCCUGCCGUCGAAUCCGCGGCGGUUGCCUCGCCCGCCGUCGCCUCGUCUUCCAACUCCCCCGCCGUCAAGCCCGCUCCUAAUGGAUUCCGUAGAACGCAGAUGCUCGACCUGGCGGCCCCGGUUCAAGCUCGCACCGUUCUACUGCCUUCCAAGACGACAAGGAAGCGCAAGACCACCGCUGCCGAGCGUGAGAUCGUCAAGCGCAUCGCCUCUGGCGAGAUCGAGCCCACUUUCGAGUCCUUAGCGACCCCGAGCGACUUGCCUGAUGAGGUCGUUGCAGCUGUCGAGAAGAAGAGGUUGCAAAACACCAUCUCGGCGAGGAAGUCGAGGAUGAGGAAGAUGGAGAGGGUGCAAGAGCUUGAGACGGAGAACGAGCAGCUCAAGGAGCAGAACCGCCAGUUGCUCGACCGCAUCGCUGCGUUGGAAGCUUCUGGUAAGGGUUACGACUAG